GCAAGCAACGCAUAAACAAUCAAAAAGAAAGGUCACACAGCUCAGCUAAUCUCCAAUAUCCAAUCUCUGUUCUCCAUUAUUCUCCAAAUUCAAACAUCACCCUUUAACGAAAGAAGCCGUCUUGAACCAAACCUGCUCCCAAUUCCUACCUGCAAUUCAAUUCUUCUCUUUGUUCACUUCAACCACCACCUAACCUUGAACCUUUCUCUCUCUCUCUCUCUCUCUGAUGGUUUUGCUUUGGUGUUUUCUUUGUCUGCAUAACCAAAUCCCUGUCUCUUGAAAUGGGGUUUCUUCAUAGAAAGCUGGGUAGUGACGAUCCAGACUGUUCAUGUUAUGGUUAUUAUGUUUCAGGCAAAUGUCCAGAAGAUUGUCAAAAUCCCUGUCCGAUUUUCUGUCCACCCCCACCAAGUCCUCCCCCCCCUUCAGAAAAAACCCAUAAUAUCCCAACUUAUGUGAUCGCCAUAGGCACGGUUUUCGCCGCUGCUUUUAUUAUCGUUUGUUUUUUGGCUAUCUAUUCACGCUACUAUUUACGCCGGCGCAACUCAAGGAGGAGCACACAGUCACAAACUGAAGAGACCCGGGAUGAGUUUUUUGAUGAAGAAGAAGGACCUAUCAUUGACCAUCCCAUCUGGUACAUACGCACCGUUGGUCUACAACCAUCAGUUAUAAGUUCAAUCAGGGUUUGCAAGUAUAAGAGAGGUGAUGGUCUUGUUGAAGGAACAGAGUGCUCUGUUUGCUUGGGUGAGUUUGAAGAAGAUGAGAGUCUUAGACUGUUACCCAAGUGUAAUCAUGCUUUUCACAUCCCUUGUAUUGAUACUUGGCUUCGAUCACACACCAAUUGCCCCAUGUGCCGUGCGCCUAUCAUCAGAAGCACGUCCAUGACGCCGGUGCCAGAGCCUGAGGUCGAGAAUUUAGAUGCAGGGGAAGAAGCCCAAGUGGAGAUUUCACAUAGUAGUAGUGAAUCCGAUCGGGACAUUGAAGAAGAGGUUUGUGAGGUAAGGAUUGGUGUAGAGGAAGGUGGAUCAGUGUCUGAGAAUGGUGAGAAAAGAUGUGGGAAUUCAAAUGUGGAAGUGAAUGGCAUACAACCAUUGAGAAGAUCAGUUUCCUUGGACUCUUUGUCAGCUUCAAGGAUCAGUCUUGCUGUUGCUAAUAUUGUUCCAGUAGAGUCUGCUGGGAAUUCAGAAACCCAAUUGGUAAAAUUGAAUGAAAACACAAGAAUUGUUGGAAAUAGAGGUGAUGGGAAUAGGACUUUGUUGAGAUUAUUGGGUAGUUCUUCAAAAGCGAGAUUGCUGCCAAAUAGGCCUAUUUUCAUGAAGAGAUCUGUUUCCUGGAGUGGGAAAUUCAAGUUAGGCAACUAUAGCCAGAGCCGAAACUUGGUUUUGCGAAGCUUUUGAUCUUGCUCAUGUUGUCAAGUAAGUUUUCUGAAAAAAUUGAUGUGUCACAAGUUCUUGCUAAGCUGAGAUGUUACAGAAUUUUACUUUUAUGUGUCUGAUACUAUGUAAUAAAGUCAUAGUCAUAAGGUCCCAAAGUGUAUAGUGACAAGAGGAAAUUGAGAUUGAUCCAUAAGUGGGAUUCAUCUCAGAUGUUCAUUUCUGUAUUUGUCAACUUUCAAGUUUUCAAAGGGAGCUCAACAGUUGUAACUUAUUUUCAAACUGCUGCAAUUACAAUGCUAUCUAUAUUCAUUUAGAGGCCAAAUAAUCAAAUCCGACUACGUUAUGCUCAA